GUCAAGAAGACCAGCCGCAUUCUGAAGGGCUUGCGCCCCAGUGAGCUCGGGGAAGUCUUUGCCUUGGCGAACGUGUCGAUGGAGGCAGCCGCGUGCCCCUACAUUGUGCGCUACUACUCCUCUUGGCUGGAGGACGGGCGGCUGCACAUUCAGACGGAGUUGUGUGACGGGUCCUUGCGGGGUCGCCUUAAGCAGCGCCAGGAUUUGCUGAACCCCAAGUUCAGCGAGCCCGAGAUUCUGGAGGUGCUGCGUCACGUUGCCUCCGGCCUGCGGGUCCUGCACGGCCUGGGCUUUGCGCACCUCGACAUCAAGCCGGACAACAUCUUGGUGAGCCGCUGCUACAAGAUCGGGGAUCUGGGUCUGGCGUCUGCCGCCAUGGGCACUGGCUGCGACGACAUCACGGAGGGCGACUGCAGGUAUCUGGCGAAGGAGGUCUUGCAAGGAGACCUUUCGGAGUUGCCCAAGGCCGACGUCUUUUCCCUUGGCCUCGUUCUCUACGAGCUGGCGACCAACCCCACGCCUCUUCCAUCCAACGGUGAGGAGUGGCAACUGCUGCGCCACGAUGCCAAGGUAAGCAUCCUGAAGCUUUCUGCCAGCAGCCAGCAGCUGAUACAAGAUAUGGUGCACUUCAGGAAGGAGCUGCGCCCGAGCUGCGAGGAGUUGCUGCAGAAGGUAGGAGUCGAGUCGGUGCAGGCCUUGGAAGAGGAGAACCGCCGCUGCCGCGCCGAGGCUUUGCGCAACAAGCAGCUGGCAGAUGAGUACUGGCAGGAGAUGCUGCAGAUGAAGAAGCAGGAGCUGCUGUCGAGCCCACAGGCGCUGGACAAGCCCGAGCUUCGGCGCAGCAGAACGUCUCACUGAGUCGGCUUGCAUGUCGCUUUGGUGGCACCUGGGGUUCACCGGCCACC